AUAAUUAGUGAAAGACUUUAUUAUUAUUAUUGUUAUAUAUAGAGAGAAAGAGAAGACAUGUACCUUAAAGAUGUAGCCACAUGGUACAAUAGAAACAUCAUCAACAUUAUUCAAGAAUCACUGUUGGAUUUUUCCAAAUAUUGAAACAUGUUUUGGUCUUUUAAUCAUCUUUCCUAGAAUAAGGUGACUGUUUACAAAAGAAGGUGGUGGCAAAUGGCAAUGGCAUUGUUGUUUUGAUGAAUCAAUUUGGUGAAUUGUUAAAAUGGGAAAGAGAAGAAGCUGGUUUACAUUUGUGAAAAGACUACUUUUCAUUCCUGAGGCAAAACCAAAAGCUGAAAAGAAACCAAAGAGAUGGAAAUGGUUUUUGGGAAGGUUCAAGUUCAAGCAGUGUCCUCCAGCAAUUGAAGCACCUCAAAAGACGCUAACCGAGGCAACCGAACAACAGAAGAAACAUGCUAUGGCUGUUGCUUUAGCAACAGCAGCUGCAGCUGAGGCUGCUGUAGCUGCUGCUAAUGCUGCAGCCGAAGUUGUCCGCCUCACUAACGCUCCAUUUGAGCUCGAGAGAAAGCGGAGAAAUGCUGCCGUCAGAAUCCAAACCGCUUAUCGCGCACACCUUGCAAGGAAAGCGUUAAGCGCCUUGAAGGGACUCGUGAAGCUUCAAGCAGUGAUUCGAGGUGAACUUGUGAGACGAAGACUCGUUGCCAAAUUGAAGUAUAUGUUGCCCUUUCAAAUGCCAAAGCCAAGAGUUUAUCAUAUCAGAGUUCCUACUGUUGAAGAAUACUACCAGAGUAUCGAAAAGAAACUUGAUGAUAGCUCGAAGGAAACUGUGAAAUCUAAUGAACUGCAACUAAAAUGCAACGGCCAAAGGACUUGGGAUUACAGUUUGUCUUCAAAGGAAGAAAUUGAAGCCUUGUUUUCAAGAAGACAAGAAGCCAUUUCCAAAAGAGAGCGUAUGAUGAAAUACUCAUUUUCACAUCGGGAGCGAAGAAAUGAUCACGUUAUGCAAGAACCAUUGAUCUUUAAAGAAAAUCGAAGGAGCUCCAGGUUCGAUCAAUGGGCAGAAAUCGAAGCACAGAGAAAAGCGGAGCUCUUUCAGCAAUUGAGGUCAUUUGCAGACUCGAGUAGUCCUCUAGUUAACAUGAACCAAAUGAGACAAGCGCGUAACCUAGACGUCACAGAGGAUUUAAAUUCUCCGUCUUCGCUACCAAGGAGAUCAUUUUCUCAUGUGAAACAGAAAUCAAUUUGUGAUGAUAGUUCUUUACCAAGUUCUCCUAUGUUUCCUACUUACAUGGCUGCUACAGAAUCUGCAAAAGCAAAGACGAGAUCGAUGAGCACACCCAAGCAACGACUAAUGUUACACGAAACAUAUUCAGGUCCACAUUCUCCCUACAUGCUCAACCAUACUUCUUGGACUACAUAUAAUGGUGAAGUAAACAGAAGUAGCAAAAAGAGUGAAAUCUCUCAGCAGACAGCUAUAAAUAUAAAAGGAUUUUACCGAGAUUGAAAGGAUUCUAAUGCAUUGCUCGAUAGUUCCAACAGUUCGAGGAAAAGAAGUGUUUUCGUGUUUUGUUUUCUGGUUUUAUACUUUUACAGACUUCACAUAAACAUGUAAAUAGUUCAAAAAAUCUCCUUUCUUGUUUGUUUUCGCCUACUUUUGUAUGCUUCAGAGAGUUUUGAGUCUGUUAGAGGCAGUGAUGGUUGGUUUUGUUUGAUGGUUUUCUUCUGUAAAUGAUUCUACUUCCAAUUUUGCGUAUAAAUUUCCUCCGGUGCUUGCUA